GCACGUACCCGCGCAAAAAGAUACUCGGGCGUACUUUUAAGUCCCCAGUGCCGCGGAGCUCGUCAGUUGGCCGUGAACAGUGCCGCCAGCCGCAACAUCUCCGCAUCCCAUCUAUCCACAUCCCGACGGGAAGAUCAAGGACACCAUGGAUAAUCCCGCUUAUGUGAUAGAUUGCGAGCGCGAGUUCGAAAUCGGUGUUGGACGCGAGGAGAACCGCCAGGAGAAGCCCCGGCCGCACAGUUUCGAGGAGGCCAUCACGCUGACGGGCGUGGGAUGGUUCCACUACAAGCUGCUCCUCAUCUGCGGACUCUGCUUCAUGGGCGUGAUGGUGGAGAUCAUGGGCGUGAGCCUGAUCAUGAACCAGAUGAAGUGCGACCUCCAGCCGACGCUGGACCAGCAGGGCAUCCUGGCCUCCGCCGGAUUCCUGGGCGUCGUCCUGAGUUCCCAUGCCAUGGGAUUCCUGGCUGACACUUGGGGUCGAGCCACCACCUUGAAGUACGCUCUGUGCCUCAGUUCCGUUUGCUCGAUCGUUUCGGGGUUCUCGGUGAACAUCUGGAUGCUGAUCGUCUUCCGGUUCCUCACCGGAUUCUUCAUUUCCGGCGGACAGGCGUGCGUCUUCAGUUUGUGCGGCGAGUUCCACGGCAACGGCUCGAGGGUCAGACACGUCACCCUGCUCUCCGGAUUCCUCUGCAUGGCCAUGAUUUUUGCACCAGCCAUGGCAAUUGGAAUUUUACCGCUGCGCAUCGAGACCAUUGUCCUUGGAAUGCGCUUCUCAUCCUGGCGCGUUUUGAUCCUGGCGAACGUCUCCGUUUCCCUGCUGGCUCUCCUGGGAAUCAGCACUCUUCCUGAGACCCCGAAAUACCUGCUGGUCCAGGGACGUGGCGACGAGUCCCUGGAGAUCCUGCGCUCCAUCUACGUUCAGAAUUCUGGCCGAGAUCCCUGUGAAUAUCCUGUGAAAGAAGUGGCUCUGGAAAGUGGCGGUGCUAGUUUGUCCGAUGUCCAUGGCUUCCUGGACGCAGUGCGUCUCGUUUGGCACCAAACCGUGCCCCUCUUCCAUCGCUCGAGAGUGUGGCACACUCUGAACAUCUGCGUCACCCAGUUCCUCAUCUAUUUCCUGGCCCAGGGCAUCUUCAUGUGGUUCCCCACCAUCCUCGAUGAGUUGGGCACUCGGAAUGGCGACGAUACUCUGCUCUGCGGAGUCCUUCAGGGCUUCACUGUGGACUCGGGAGCGGCGAGUGAGUCGACCAGCUGCUCCGUGGCCGUGGAUACAUCCACCUACCAGGUGAUGAUCAUCAUCGGUGCCUGUUUCGUGAUGAUCUACCUGCUGUUUGCCUUCAUCAUCGACUACAUGGGCAAGAAGAAUCUGUUGAUGACCUGGAUGGUGUUCACCAUGAUUUGUUUGGUGGCUUUGCACUACGUGGAGCAGUUUGCCCUGGUGGUGGUCGCCCUGACCGUCGUGAUGGCCAUCGGCAACUGCGGUGGCCUGGUCAGCACCAUCGCCAUGGAGUUCUAUCCCACCCACAUCAAUGCCAUGGGAAUGUGCUUCAUCAUGAUGGUGGGUCGACUGGGUGCAGUGGUGGGCAGUAAUAUCCUGGGACGCCUGCUCUUCGCCAGCUGCGACCCCAUCUUCUGGGCCAUGUUGGUCCUGGUGGUUGUCCUCUGCAUCCUGGGAUACUUUUUGCCAGAGAAAUCGAAGGCGAAACCAUCGGCGACGGCAAAGGCGAUUGUUUCGGCCACCACGAGUCCCAUUUUUGCAAUUAACUCCAAAUAGAAUAGGUUUAAGCUAAACAGAGAGGCUUCUUUCAAAAAAAUGAUCAACGAAUCUUUUAGCUUUGUUUUAUGUGAUAAGAUAUUUAACAAAUACUUUGUGAAGGUUAUUGUUUUUUUUUAUACUUAUAUAUUUAUUUUAAACUUAUUAAGCGGUGCUUUCAUUUGUUUGGCUUUUACUUAAGCAAAUAUAAAUGAAUUAUUAAAUAUACAUUUUAUAAUGUUUUAAAGCAGACAAUAAUGUCAAACUUUUAUGACUAAAUUAUACAAGUUAAAUAAUUUCGUAAGUUUAAAUAGAAUAAGAACUCUUUUCUACGAGCUUCAAAAUAUGUACCAAAAUUUGCAUUUUUAAUAUAUUUUAAAGGGCUUUUAUGUUUGUUAA